AUGCAAGACCCAACGAAACAUAAGAUUACAAAAUACAAGAUCCAACAAAAUACAGCACCCAACAAAGUAAGAUCCAAUAGUACAAGAUAUGAUAAAGCAAGAUCCAAUGAACAAGCCCAAAAAACCAAACCUGACAAAGCAAGACCUAACAAAAUCAAACCCGACGAAGCAAGACCCAACAAAAUCAAACCCUACAAAGCAAGACCUAACGAAACCUGA